CCAGAAUCAUCUGUUUACAAGGCGUUGAAGUGACCAGACGUGCCGAAGUUCUGUCAUGUGAAAGUAGACGUAAAUUGCCCGAAAUUUCCCUCUAAAUCCACCCGAUCCGCCAAUGGACGCCUGAAAGAUGGCCCAGUGCAAGCUAACCCCACACGAGUUCAUCCAGAAUGCCUUCGCGCCCCAGAUAGCGAUUUUGUGCAGUGAAGACGCGGAUAACCUUUGCCUGAAAAAUAAUUUGAGAUUCGUGGAGCUCGUCCAGCCCUUCUGCAGACUCAACAAUGAGACUCGCAUUGCUGACCCAGCCGGAAACACAGUGCCCAUUCGUAAUCUGCGGGUGGUGUUUGAAGAUAUGAACAGGCGUCCCCCUCAACCAACCUUGGGCAAGAAACUCCUUAAUGAAGUUGUAGGCACAACACCUUGGGACAGACCUGUGACCAAAACUAUCAGUGCCUCUGGGACUCGCAGUGGGCUGGAACUGGAGCUGCAGUCCACAACGCCUUGGUUUGAAGCAUGGAGGGACACCUUUCUCCAUGUGCAGUACCCCUCUGAUCAUGAAUUCACAAAACAUUACAUAGCUUGCAUAGUGGUUGUUGCUUCAACCAGUGAAAAUCCAAUGGACCAGCUGAAUCGCCUGUCACAGUACCAACAUCAGCAGCAGCAUCAAACACCAGCUCGUUUUCCAAAGUGGUUUUCUCCAAACAUCCUCAAGUAUUAUCUUCUCAUCCAUGAUGUUACGCUUGGAGACCUCACCAAGUCCGAGCAGAUUUUUGAACAGAUGUGUAGCAUGUAUGGCAGCAAUAACUGCCACUUGUUGCAAAUUAACUCUCGGGCUAUGGAUCAGAUGGAUGUUCAUUUGCCUGAUCCUUGGACUCAAUUCUUAAUUCAGAGGGCAUCUAUUGAUCCAAGUGGAGGGAGCAGCUCUGAAGCAAGCAGUGGAACUGGCACACCUCGUGAAGAUGUGAGUUGCCUUCCAUCUCGUGUCACAGAGGGAGAUACUACUGACUGCUGUGAACCAAUUCAUCCCCUGUCUCCGACAUUAUCUCCACCUGCUGAAGAAAAAAAUGGUACUUUUGAUGUAAUGCCUGCGGUAGAGAUUUCAUCUGAUGUGCCUGUAAUGGUGAACAAACCAACACUGCCAACUGGAACCACCCACCAUGGAGGCUGCUUGACUUCCUCAGAUGUGGACCGAAUACGAAUUUUUGUCCAUGAAUUCUGUGUGCGUUCAUUGAUCCCCCAUGUGGAACGGCAGAUCAGGUACUUGAAUGAGGUGGUGACCAACAGAUCCCGUUCCAAAUCCCUCCUGAGUGCCACCAGACGCUGGCUAGGGGGCAAUAAAAGCCCAGGUGCUGCUACAAACUCUGUCAUCUAUAGCCCUGAGGCAACAGAGCUACAGACAAGGAGACUUGGAGACCUGUGCUUCAUGUUUGGCCUCUAUGAAUUAGCAUAUAAUUCAUUCCACACAGCCAAGAAUGACUUCAAAAGUGAUCAGGCAUGGCUGUAUUUUGCUGGUGCACAAGAGAUGGCUGCACUGGCAGCCUUCAUGCACAACAGUGCAGAUUAUCCAAAACGCUAUUUGGAGAGCAGUUUACAGACAUACUUGAGUGUUUGCAAGGUGUACAACUUUGCCAUUCGAUCAACUUUGUUGAGCACAGAGGUCCUAAAACACUGUGGUGAAUAUGGAGAAGCUGCAAUGAUGUUUAUCAAGCUGACAUCAGAGGAAAGUGACCUUUUAUCUGCCCUCAUGCUAGAACAGGCUGCUCAUUGCUUUAUCAAUGCCAGAAGACCUCUCCCAAGAAAGUAUGCAUUCCACAUGACUCUGGCUGGCCAUCGGUAUGGUAAAGCAGGGCAACGGUCUCACUCAUUGCGAGCAUAUAAACAGGCUUUUCAGAUCUAUGCAACUCGUGGCUGGGUACUAGCUGAAGACCACAUUCACUUCACCUUGGGCAAACAAGCACACCAUUUGAAGCAGCUGACAGAGGGACUGGCUGCAUAUAACAGCUUAGUGGACCAGCGAACCAAGCAGGCUGCUCCCAGUCAGCAAUCCCCUACUCAACAGAUGACCUAUAUCCGAGAGUUCAUAAACACAUACCACCAGUACAUCCAGCAGGAAUGGGACUCAGCAUCAGGGCUGCCUUGUCUUCCACUACCUCUGAUUGAUUCCCAAGCAACAACCAUCCUAUUAGGGUCCCCUCAAGAGGCGCCUACAAGCCCUGGCUGGACUGCAGCCUCACACGUAUCUCUGGACAGUGGUGCCAUUGCUAACGACAGAUGGUUUGCCCUGGAGAGGGAGCUGAUUACAGAGACUCAGGCCACACUACCAAUUGUAUUUAGGCCAAAUUUACAAUUGCUUAAUAAGGAUACUCCAAAUACACAGAGUCCCAUGGUUCCUGUAAAUGAGCCUGUGCUAGUUGAACUGAUCAUGAGCAAUCCUCUGGCAGUAAGUCUGAUGAUUACUGAUGUUCAGUUAGUGUUCACUUUCAAAGCAUCUGGUGAUCAGGAAAUGGCUGGUGAUCCUCAAGUUAAACAUUCAAUGUUUAAGGGAUUCAAUCUCCCUGCUGGUGCUCAAGAAAAAGUAAGAUUAGAGCUGUAUCCUGCAUGCACUGGCCAGAUCCUUAUCACUGGGGUUCAGUACAAACUCUCCCUGACCCCUGACCUAGUUGCAGCACCUCCUCCAGGAUCAACAGCAGUGCCUGUUGUUAUUGAAGGCCAGCAAGCCAUCGAGGUCAAGGGACCCCGGCUCAAUAGCACAGCAGCUGAGAAGUGCAAUGUUGUUUAUGCCAGUGAUAAAAGACUAGAGAUAACUGUGGUUCCUCCACUGGCAAGGCUUAGUGUGAUAUUUAAUAACUUGCCACAUAUUCUCAGUUGUGGUGAGCUUCAUAGUGCCGAUGUAGCGAUAACGAAUACAGGACCUUGUGCGAUAUCGAAACUUUUACUAGCCAUUUCAGACCCUAACCAUAUUUACCUCUCAACCACGGAAUCAGCAUUAGAGGACAAGCAUGUACUCACCCUGAAUGAGUCUGAGAGUGUUGAAAGCAGAGUCACCAAACGUGUUCAGCCUGUUACCCUGCAAGAUGGAAUGCUCAAACCGGGUGACACCAUACGAGGAAAGCUCUGGCUUCAUGCACCUUCUUUGCCAGGUGCAUUUGAUGUAGAAUUGCUCUUCUACUUAGAAACUCAGAACAUGACAGGAAAGGGAAGGUACCGCUUGUUGAGACAUUUUACCAGCGUUUAUGUGGAGAGAAGUCUUAGUCUAAAGGUAUCAUCAUUAAUUAGCCAGUCAUUGAACAAAUCAAUUAGCAACCAAAACAAUGAAGAAACAAAGAAUACACAUACUGCCAAUGUCGUCGUUGAGGCUGUGAAUAACUCAGAGGUUGACAGUGCUUGUGGAACUUACACCAUCAUGGGUGUCAGUAGUAACAGCAAGAAGUGGGCCAUCAUACCCCAUUCUUCAUUGCCAGAUAACUCGUAUACCCCUGGCUGUCCUUCUAUUUUAAAUUCAGAGCAAGUUCUGGGCUAUGGAGAGAGCUGCCACCUUUGUGUCAAGUGCAUUCAGCAACAGAACCCAGUGCUAAAAAACUAGUCUACUCACAAGUACCAUUCAGUAAAAGCCAAAUUCCAAUGAGUUCUUGGUGGCGUUUCACCUUAAGAGAACGGAUUAAACUCCUGGAACUCUUGGCUGACCCUCCGCCACCAAGUCCAACGGCUGAUCACAUUCCUCCACCCCCAACUCAGGCUCAGAAGGAAAGAAAAAUCCCCCAGUACCAACAGUAUGAUAUG